AUGAAGACCAGGACCUCAAUGAUCCUCAGAUCUUCUUCACUCAAAACUCACUCAAGCUCAUCAGCUGACUUGAUCAUCGGAGCCGUUAGAGUCGCCGCCUUGGCUCAGAAAUGGGAGCCCUCUAAGGUUGUACCUCAGGCUGAUAGAGUUCUGAUUCGCCUCGAAGCGCUGCCCGAGAAAUCUGCUGGUGGAGUAUUGUUGCCUAAAUCAGCUGUCAAAUUUGAACGGUAUUUGAUGGGUGAGGUUCUCUCAGUUGGUGCUGAUGUUGGCGAAGUUGAAGCUGGAAAAAAGGUUCUAUUCUCAGAUAUCAAUGCCUAUGAGAUUGAUUUGGGGACAGACGACAAGCAUUGCUUUUGCAAAGCAAGUGAACUCUUGGCUGUUGUUGAGUAGGGUCAGUUCAUAAUCUCACCCAAAGCGGGAGCUUCUACUGAAUCAUUUGAUAGUGGAUGCGACUUUAGUUACGUGAUGAAGUAUGAAAUGUUAUUAGCAAGUUUUGUGGUGUUAUCUGUCUUAUUGUACUUUCUAUUGUUGCGACACAAAUUUUGACACUUGAAUGAUCUCUGAACAUGGGAGGUUAUCUAUGCAUCAAGGUGAAAAAGUUCGAUCGCGUGAC